AUGUCUUCUCUCGUGUCCGACUUCAUUAUUAACCCCGUCCUACGCCAAGCUCGCCGCUUUUCUGAGAUAUCACGCACGACUGUAACUGGCGAGGACCAUGAACCGACUCCUCCGUCGGAUCCUGAUACAGUGAGCGACUCCGGCACUGCCGGGGGCGUCCUGCGUGAAGCACUUGAGCAACUUGAGACACCCGGGGAAGAACCCAUUGCGAGGCGGCCAGAGACACCCCGAUCACCGGCCGUGAGCACAUCGACGCAGGAAACCAGAGUGGCAGACGCCCCGGAAACUCCUCCAUCAGUUGACAAUACUUCCCAUGACCACUUGGGGUUUCCUCUGUCCCCGAGGAGGGGUCGAGCGAUCCCCGAGGAUGACGGAAUGCACGAGUUGAGGAGACGCAUUCAGGCCAUAAAUUCUGAAGAUGCCCCUUCAGCUGAGAAAGCCAGGCGCAUGCAUGAAUUACUUCUCGAAGGCUAUCGGGCUUCGCAGGUUGCCAACCGCAGAAAACCUACACCCCCUAUGGAGGAAGAAUCAUUGGGCCAUCAAUGGGGGCCUUCAACCUCCCCAGGCCCGUUGGAGUCUCUAAAAUCAUGGUAUAAUCACGCUACCGAUCAACCCUCAACGGCGGACAAGUUCAUCCUCAGCGACGGCGACAUCGCCCCGACUUUUGCGCCGAUACGUCCUCGUAAGGGCUCGGAUGUAGAGCUGCAAGGUCAAGGUUCCACGACGCCACCCGAAUCUCAAGCGCCGCUGGGAUGUCAACACUAUGAACGAAACGUCAAGUUGCAGUGUUUCACAUGCAAGAAAUGGUACACUUGCAGGUUUUGCCACGAUGCUGCUGAAGACCACAGCCUAGUUCGGAGGGAAACGAGAAACAUGUUGUGUAUGCUCUGUGGAACACCCCAAAAGGCUUCUGAUAUGUGCAUCAACUGCGGCGAAGUUUCCGCCCACUAUUACUGCAAUAUUUGCAAACUGUGGGAGAAUCGAAAGAGCAAACCAAUCUACCAUUGUAAUGACUGUGGUAUCUGCCGCCGAGGGCUUGGUCUUGGCAAGGACUUUUUUCACUGCAAGACCUGCCGUGCGUGUAUAACCACGUCUAUUCAGAGCUCUCACAAGUGUAUCGAGAGGUCCACUGACUGCGACUGUCCGAUCUGCGGAGAGUAUAUGUUCACGUCACCCAAGCCAGUGGUCUUCAUGACAUGCGGACACAGCAUACAUAAGAAGUGCUAUGACCAACACAUGAAAGUCUCAUACAAGUGUCCAAUCUGCAAUAAGAGCCUAGCCAACAUGGGAACCCAAUUUCGCAAUCUAGAUGUCGCCAUUAUAAACCAGCCUAUGCCUCCAGAAUUUCGAGAUACGAAAGCGACUGUCCUCUGCAACGAUUGCUCUGGGAAAUGCACUGUUCCCUACCACUGGCUUGGCCUGAAAUGCUCGAUAUGCCAGUCAUACAACACUGUGGAGUUGCAAAUACAUGGGCAAGGCAGCCAGGAACUUCAAACCGCCGCGGAGAGAGCUGAGGCAGCUGCAAGCGCGCAGCAGCCCUCACCCGACAUUCAACGCCCGGCCAUGACUCCUCCAGCGACUUCAUCCCGAGCAGCGACUUGGAUUCCAAACAGAAGACGGCACUCAUCACACGGAAUUGAGCUUCAGCACCAUGCUCCGGAUAGGUUCGCGCGAUCAUUAUCACCCCUUGAAUCAGGCAUCGACUCCCACCUUGCUCAAAUUGCCGCUAAUAUCGACUCCGAUGACGAUAUUUUGGGGCUCUGGAGAGGGAAUAGGAGCCAAGAUCAGGCCGAGGAUGAAGAUGAAGAUGAUCUCAGUGAAGAAGAGUCCGAUUCCGAUCUGGACAGUGACGGUAUCAAUAGUGCAGAUGAGGAUGAGGAUGAGGAUGAUGACGACGACGACGACAUUCUUCUCAUUGGACACAGGUGA